AAAUAUUGAUGCUUCCUUGCGAGCGCCCCAGCUGAGGCUUCAAACGAGCGCUUUCGUCUGCUGCUUUCUAUUUUCCUGGAUUAUUUUCUGUUUAUUACACAUGUCUACAGAACCUAUUGCAGCUUCUGAAGAGGAAAAACGGGUUGCGGGAGAGGAUACGGUAAAGCAUGAGGGAAGUGAAGAUGAGAAGCUUCAGAACGCUCGCAAGCAGAUCGAGUUUUAUUUCGCAGACUCGAACUUGCCAUUCGAUAAGUUUAUGUGGAGUCUGCACACAUCAAAUGCAGAACACUGGGUACCCAUCAAAACCGUCUCUUCGUUCAAGCGCAUGCGAGAGUAUGCGUCGAACGGCCAUGAUUGGAUAGUGAAAGCCUUACGAACAAGUGAGGAACUGGAAGUGGAUGAAGCGGGCGAAAAUGCUAGGCGUCGCACCGAGGUACAACCACCGAAGGGCCAGUUUGAGAGAAGUAUCUACGCGAAAGGGUUUGGUGAGGAGACUUCCGAUUUGCAGAAGAAGUUGGAAGAGUUUUUCAACCAGUAUGGACAAACCAAUGCUGUUAGGAUGCGUCGUGUAGAUGGGAACAAGCAGUUCAAGGGAUCAGUCUUCGUCGAAUUCGCAGAUAUGAAAUCCGUUGAAACAUUCCUAAAUGCUGACCCUAAACCAUCUUGGGAUGGCACUGAGCUGCUGAUUAUGUCCAAGGAGGACUACUGCGACAUGAAAAUAAAGGAAAAGGGUCUUACUGGCAAGACUGCUGACAUGCGCAAGGACAGCAUCGCAAGCCGGAAGGGAUUCAAUGCGUUCAAGGAGAUGGAGGACGAGAAGAAGGGGAAGGGUCCAAAGGGCAAAGACAAGUCCAACCCUGAGGUCUGGCUCGAGUUCAUGGGGUCUAAGAUUCGUGUGCAAGAGGAAGAUGGAGGCAGCGUGAAGAGUGAAGAUGUGCCAUAUAUCAAGGGCGCAACAAUGAAGUUCACGGGCUGUGGUGGGGAUGCUAACUUCACAGAUAUGAAGACUCCAUUGAGGGAACGCUUUGCCCGCGUACCGUACAUUCAAUUCUCAAAGGGAGAUGACUUUGGUCUCGUUGGAUUUGACAAGGCCUUGACGGAAGACGAGAUUGACUUCGUGAAGACCAACCUGAAGACCGUAAACUCCAAGGAAGUCCAGUGGUCGGUACCCGAAGAGGAAGAUGAAAAACAAUUCCAGAUAGAUCGCGCUAACUUUGCUGCGCGGUCAGCCCUCUCGCGUUCUCAGGAUCGAAAAGGUGGUUCAUCACGAGGUGGUCGAGGUGGUGGUCGGGGUGGUCGGGGUGGAAGUCGGGGUGGAAGAGGAGGGGGCCGUGGUGGGAGAGGUGGCGGCCGUGGCGGAGGUCGUAGUGGCGAUAAAAACAAGGACAGCUCGUCCGCCGUAAAAUCCGAGGAACAAAGCGGUGAAAAGCGCAAACGCGCCGUUGAGCCCGAUGGUGGCCCUGACACUGGUGUCCGUGGUCAGGCUAUCCCCACGAUUGCGCCAUCAAAAAAAGCAAAAACGGAUGGUGCCUCGUAGUGUUACCUGUACGAAUAAGCUGUGUGUAUUCUCUGUGCGCAGUUGUAUUUUGGGCAAUGUAUUUCGUUUUGGCCAGUGCAGGCGUAAUACUCC